CGUAUGUCUAUUGAUCAAUACACUAAUUAUGAUUUUUGACAAUGUUUCCUAAAUUCCCUUGUAGUUGCGUCAUUGUAUUUCAAACUAAUUUGAACCGCAAUAUUUUGGAAUUUGGCCAUUUUUUUGUCAUCUUUUUGAAAUUUGGCACAUGUGUACCAUAGGAAAUACGUAAAUUUUACUUUUUUUAUACAACUGUAAAAAUGUUAUAAAUAGGCCAACAAAACAGGUAUCGGAAUGUUUUGAAAUUGCUAUACAACGCAUAUUUAAAACGGAAUAACAAUCAACAAGAAAAUAAAAAGUGUCUCUUAUUACAAAUCGAUUUGAAAUGUUCAUAAUCAAUUAUUCGAUUAGUUCCAAAAAUAUAAUGCUCAUCGCAAUAUCAAUGACAGAGGCUAAUAUUGCGUGUUUAAUAUCUUGCCUGAGUCUAUUUAGUUCGUGAACGACGCAGAUAUUUAUUAAAUCAGUUUGUCACUAGAAAUGCUCUCCCAUAGAGGUUAAAUGUCAUAGGUGUGAUGUGUCUUCUUAAUCGAUUCUUGAUGAUGUUUUGAAGGACGAUCUGGGUUAGCGAAAGAUACGUAUCGACUAUUUGACCAGAAAGAUGAAGAACCAUCUUAGUUUCAGAUUGAAAAAUGUAACGUCCUAAGAACCAUAAUGCAUGGAUUCUUCCCAUGGCGACCUGAGUCUCAAAGAGCCACUUCGACAGCUUACUUCAGAAGCUUGUCUCCACUAGAGAAGAACUUCUCUGCAAAGUUCGGUUACGAAACAUCCGCUAACACGUUUCGAAAACACGAUGGAAAGUCUACAUUCGAAGAAUCGAGAAAAAGAAUCCUUGAUAACGAAACAGGAUACAGCAAUAACAGCUGUGAAAUAGUACCUCAAAAGAAUACCGACUGUUCGUUUUAUCGCAUUCCCAUGUCGGAUUACACGGAUAUUUACUUGAGAUAAAAAGUGAGAAAAAAAGCAUGAAAAUAUAAUAAUCCUCGCUUGGGUCAGUAAGAAAACAGAAUAUUUAUAUCUGGCCAUGUUAUAUAAAUAGCACGAAUAAGGAGGAAAAUGUGCAGAGUGACCCAUUUAAAACAAUGUAAC